AUGGAUAUAAGGCUUAUUAUAAAAACAACAGGUUUUAUUUUUCUUCUUGUUCUUGGAGUUCCAGCAAAUCUCACUGUCCUGAUGUCAUUUCUUCUCCCAGGGAUUUCUGGUAAUAAACUCACGACAAUAGACAUUAUUCUUACAAAAUUAUCAUUUGUACACUUUGUCAUUGUUCUUUCAAGAGCAACCCCACCAUUUCUUGUAACUAUACUCCAACAGAAACUAUUUAAUGACAGUCUGUGUAAAUUUCUUGUAUUUGUUCACCGUGUUUUUCGAGCAAUGUCCAUUUGUAUAACUGCUGUUCUGAGCUGUUACCAGGGCAUUCUUCUUCUGCCACAUUCAUCCAGGUGGGUAACUUUGAAGCAAAAGAUUUCCCAAAAUAUUUCACUUAUCAUUUUACUCCUCUGGAUUAUUAAUUCUGUAUUUGACAUUCCUGGAGUUUUGAUAUAUACUUGUUCUGAUGUGAAUUCAAGCAUUCCUAAAUAUACAAUUAACCUGGAAUAUUGUUUUGUAGUUUUUCCAAACAAAUUUGCAUAUAUAGCUAAUGGGACUGCUUAUACAUUGCGUGACUUUUUAUUUGUUGGACUCAUGGCAUCAGCCAAUGGUUAUAUUAUCACAAUUCUAUAUAGGCACAAAAAACAAGUUCAAGGCAUCAGAAAUUCUGGCCAAAAACAAGGAAACAGUGCAGAAACUAGGGCUGCAAAAGCUGUUAUUAUACUGGUCUCAGUGUACAUUAUUUUAUUUGGGAUUGAUAAUAUCAUGUGGAUUUACAGCAUGACUGUCUCCAAUGUAGCUACUGCUGUUCCUGAUGUACGUGCAUUUCUCUUUGUAUUCUAUGCUGCUGUUAGCCCUAUAAUAAUAAUUGGUUCAAACAAAAAAAUUCAACUCACACUAAAACAUGCAUUUCGUAAAAUAAGAGAAAACUAA